GUACCUUUCCAGUAAAAAGUGAAGGGCUUAAAAGGGGUUUGCAAAGUAUGGAGUCAUCUGAUUAUCCAAUGACUGAGAAUGAAACUCUAGCAGGCGAUCUUGGAGACAUGGAUGAAGAAGCAGCAAAAGAGUGGGAACACACUCUUCUGCAAGAUUCUCUGGGCAAAGAAUUAAAUGAGUUGAAUAGACGGUUGGAACAAAAAGAGUCUGAGAUGAAGCUUUAUGGAGGGUUUGACACAACAGCUCUUAAACACCAUUUUGGAAAGAAGAUACUGGAACUUGAAGAGGAGAAAUGUGCUGUGCAGGUUGUACUGAAACUAUACACGAAGAAGUAG